UUAUGGCUUAUGGAGUAUACGGUGGGAGUUGUGCCCCAAAUAUCGUCACUCAACGUACAGUGCGAUCGCACGGGAAUGAGAGUUGCCGUCAAUUUUGACACUCCUUUUAAUGGCAUAAUCUUCUCGAAAGGACACUAUGCGGACCUCGGAUGCCGAUACCUAACCCCAAGGAGUUCGAGGACUAGUAUCGCAUUUUUCAUUCCGUCAACAAAUUGCGGAACAGUUCAGACAAGUCUCAGAAGAGACGGUUCGUUGGGGUUUAAAAAUGUAAUUAUCAUACAAAAUGAUCCCGAAUAUCAAGAGGUGUGGGAUAUGGCCCGUAAAAUAAGCUGCGAUUGGGUCACAAGGAUUGAUAAGUACGUGACUUUUGCUCCGUUUGGUGUCGACGUGUUGAACGUGAAAGAGCUCACAUUUCCCGGCGAUACCGUUGACUGUUGGAUGGAAAUACAGAGGGGUGGCGGACCCUUCGCGCCCCCCAUCACAGGCAUUGUACCCAUCGGUCAAACAAUCACUAUUGUUAUAUACAUCAAAGACCGGGACUCGACGUUUGACGUUCAAGUGAAAGACUGUUACGCUUACGACAGCCCACAGUAUAAUAAUCCCGGCGUCAGAGCAAUACAAUUGACUGAUACGAGGGGUUGUGUUGUCAAAGAGAAACUGAUCCGCGGUUUCUAUCGGACGAGAGAUGUCCGCAAUUCGGGCGCAACUAUUAUAGCCUACGGAGUGGUCAACGCUUUUAAAUUUCCCGAAGCUAUGGAUGUAUUCCUGGCGUGUAAUGUGGAGGUAUGCAAAGGCGGUUGCGAUAACCCGUGUCAGCCCGAAGUGGAGGUCGCCGGCGGUGAAGGCGGUGACGACCAGUCGAGCGCCCGACCAUUCACUACACCCUCUAGUGUUGAACGGCCUGUUGAGGAAGAGAGCACUACUCCGACCAUCGACUCGACCACUGAAUCCAAUACAGAGGACUCUGACGAUGACUCCGAUGAUAAAGAUUCAGAGAGUGAGAGCACCGGUAGUGACAAACAUAAGACUACAACUGAAAAGACGACCGAAACAGACAAAGAAGAAUCAGAUAAAGACACAGAAAUGGAACCUAAUUCUAACGACAAGAGCUCAACAACUCCUCCAUCAGAGUCUGCGGCCAACGAAGACGAAGAGGAGGAUAAAAGCGCUGCCCUUUCUAUUCGUGUGCCAACAGUUGUGGCAAAAAAUCCAAGGCCCAAACCAUCGAAUAGACGAAAUAAUGCAAAACUAAACGCCAGACAAAGACCUAAACAGAAAUCAAAGACAAGAAAUAGUAGUAAAACAAAAAAGAGUCAAAAAUUGACGACAACUUCUCGAACGAACCGACGUAUUAUAUCACCGCUUGAAGACAUCGAUGACCAGGACUUACAUUUCUGGCAAAAGCCUACACAACAAGACAAUCGCAAAAUCUGUUUCUCAGCUCUCAGUCUAUUUGUUUCGAGUAUAGCUCUCAUCAGUUUAGCCACACUUUUCACAGCGAAUAACAUGUAUAUUAAUGGUGCAAAUAAUGUGUUGGUUAGGUACGUGCAACCGGACCAGUCGGCCACUAACGCCGAGUUCUCCAUUCCGGUCGAUAAGUGCGGCACAAAAACGCAAGACAUCGACGGCGAAGACGGCACACCACCGAAGAGGGGCUUCGAGAAUAUAGUGGUGUUUCAAAACGACCCGACGUAUCAGGAGGUGUUUGACCAUGCUAGAAUGAUUGUGUGCAGGUAUACACUCGACGACGACUUCGAGCUCAAAGAGAAACGCGUGGUCUUCAAGCCGGUCGUGAUCGACAUGUUGGACGUCGUCAGCAUUCCGGUGAGAGAAGCGGACGGCGAGCAGACACGAGUCGACUGUUGGAUGGAAAUAACGAAGGGUCGGUUCCCAUUGACCAGUCCUAUCGACAAUGCGGUCAAAGUGGGCAGUCCUUUGACUUUAGCUAUUUUUGUGAGAGACCCCCGAAAGAGGACUGAUUUACGCGUAAAGGAUUGUUACGCCUACGAUGACCCGCAAGUGGCAGAGAGUAACGGACCCGCAUUACUACAACUCACCGACUUUGACGGCUGUCCCACAAAACCCAAAUUAAUAGAGGUUUGGCGGCGAACCCAUGACGCCGGACCCACCGGUGCCACUAUUAUUGCCUUCACGACAGUCACCGUAAGAUGA